CGGAGAGUAUCGAUCUAUAGUGCGUUGAGCAUGUUGGGCAUGUUGUUGAAAUACCUUCCUUAUUGAGUUUCCUGUCUGUUCUUCCGCGACGAUAAGGUGUGGUUUCCGCCUGCGCAAGUUCUUAGUGUCCCAUCUUUAUAUGGAUACACAUGCAACGCCAUGCCCGUGAGCUAUUCUUAUUUCAGUGACCCACAUAACAAGAAGAACCUUCUGUUAUUGUGAUCGAUACCUUCCAUUAUCACUUCAAACAAUACAAAUUGCUGCAUCACGUAUAAUAUUGACGAUUGAGGUCAACAUCGAUGUGUACAUUGGUGUGGACGUAUAACACAGCGAAGGGUCAAGCACUAAUCGGGAAGACUGGAACGUUGAAUCAAUGCAGAUUGUUGCGACUCGAUACGUAACACCCGCAUUUUUCUACGUGAGGCUUUAAUCAAAAAAAUCCUCCUGUUUCGCGACGAGUUUUCGUCCGAUUUAGACAGCAGCCGCUCAAGUUUUUAUUUCGUACUUCGGUCCCGGCUCCAGUUCAACCAUCUCUCUGCCGCAUACGUGACGGCGCGGUGAUGAAGGAAAGCGUAUUGGGCAGGUAUACCCGCAGGUAUUUGUAUGUAAGACGGGGUAUAUAUCCGUGUGCCCAGCUGCUCCAUAGAGCGCGUGUUCGUGUGUCUGCGCCGGGCGCAGAGGGCGGAUAUAUCGACGUCAGCAGGGGAUCCGUGCUGCCAUUUUAUCCAAACGUGAUCUCAGCCAAAUACGAAAAUUCGUACGUGGCUGCGGUGUAUACGAGUCAUCCUCGGGCAGAGCGAUACGCUCUCCUCGCGAGUGCACGAAGAGGGGUGAGAGACAGCCGAACGUGGGCAGCAACAACCGGAAAAUAUAACGCAUUUCUGGCUACGCCGUCGGCAACUCGCGUUGCGUGUUACCACGCAAUUUCGCUGCUCUACAAAGAUGGUGCUUCGACUAACAAAUCACAAGCUUCAGUACAUUGUGGCUCCUUUUAUGUAUGUUUACGAGGCUCCUUCAGUGACGAUAAGGGAAAUAAUUGGAUGAAGGAGAAGCGAAUCUUCCAUAGUUUACACUAUACAAAAAGAAGAGGAAAUGGAAAAAAUAAAGAAGACGGUAGAAGCUUCAACAAUAGACAAAAUUAAAUCAUUAUUAUUUUGUUAUAUUAUUUAUGUUAUAUCAAUUUUGUUUGUUUAUAUCAUGUGCUACUUUCCACUGAUUUUCAGUUGCAGGAAGUAAUAAUCUGUUUAUGUAUUGUUGUAAUUAGUUCCAGAUGUACUUGAGGAAUUUUUGGUUCUUAUUUAAUUAAUUAAAAAAUAUCAAUAGAUGAUAAAAGUACAGAAAGAAGAAAAUAAGAUUUGGAGAUAAACUUUACGUAUUCCAUUGUAUUAAGAUAUCCAGUGAGUGUGAUUUCAAUCCAACAUUUACAAUUUUAAGUGUUUAUUUAUUUUCAAUAUUUACCGGUUCCUGUUCCUGUUACUGUUCCUGCUUCAUAAAAUAGG